AUGCGUCGAUGGCAGUGUCAUGUUGUGGUUGAUGCGUGCGCCGCCUCCUCCCGCGCCAUCGCGGUAACACGUGAGUUACUCGGGCUAGAGCAGCUGCAGGAUGUGCCGACGUCCACCAGCCGGAGGCCCACCGGCAUGCACCGUGGCCCCGGAAAGCGGCAGACGUCGGAGAAGGAGGCGGAGCUCUACCGCUUCAUCAAGCGUUGGGACCUGCAGAUGCGGGAGGGGUGGGACGAGCUAGAGGCCUUCAAGGGGCUGCCAAAGCCGAAGCGGCAGUUUGGCAAUGAGGCGGCGGAGGUCAUUUGGCCCUACGCACUGCUGUUGGAGCGGGUUGUGAAGGUGCACCCCUUCACCAAGUCCAUCUACGUCUACUACAGCCAGCGGCAAGCCACGCCGCAGGGGAAGGCGGCGGUGGAGACGGCAAAGCGGUUUGCGCGGGAGUUUCUCAUCCCCAUCACCUUCCACAACUCGCAGGUGUACGUUGAGACGGAGAUGCUUCUGGAGUACAACGAGACGCCGUGGGUGGUGGUGCACUCCCUCGACGGCGGCCAGCGCAUUCUGCCGGUCCACCCCUCCGAGGGGACACCUGCCGACGUCGCCGUCGCCCAGCUGCUAAGCGACGUGGUGAAGGCAUGCGAGGGGCUCGCUGCCGCGGUGGCGAACCCAAAGGAAGUGACGCGCAUGCUGAAUGAGCGACCGCUGCAAAAUCAGUACGUUCGCAUCAACUACCAGUGGUUUGGCGACACGCCGGACGAGCGCUGCAGCCAUUUAGUGAAGUGGGACUUUGACCCCGCGGAGGUGGAGCCCAUAAUGCGGCAGCGCACUCGCCACGUGCUGAAUUGGCUAAACUACGACGGCAACUUGCCGAAUCACAACUCCGUUCGUAUCAACGUCUUCCGCGAGAAGUCGCGUUUACGCAGCCCGCGGACGACGAGUGGACCCAAGACGUUCUUCAACUCCGCUGGUUCCCGCGCCAACGCCCGUUCAUCGCGCUUUGGCGGCCAGACGGCUGUAGGAAAGUGA